AUGGCCCCAACUAACAACGAUGGAGGUGUUGCUACUGUUAAAGCUGUGGAUGUUUUGAAACAAAAAGCAGGAGCACAUCAUUGUCUUGGGAAUGUUCAUGCAAACCUUCCAGUAAACAAGGUGGGUGUUACUGAAAGUACGUUUAAGCUGUUUUUGUUCAAGGUGACAGUUCAUCCACUGGUUCUUCUCAGUGUGGUUGACCAUUUCAAUCGAGUGAGCAAAACCCAAAGUGUAAAGCGCGUUGUCGGAGUCCUUUUGGGCUCUAUGAAAAAGGAUAAGACUUUGGAUAUCGGAAACAGUUUCGCUGUUCCUUUCGAUGAAGACGACAAGGAUAAAAACACAUGGUUCCUUGACAUGGAUUACUUGGAGAGUAUGUACGGCAUGUUCUACAAAGUCGCAGCAAAAGAAAAAAUCGUCGGAUGGUAUCACACUGGGCCGAAACUCCACAAGAAUGAUAUUGCCAUCAAUGAACAACUGAAAAGAUUCUGCCCCAAUCCAGUUCUGGUGAUCAUCGAUGCUGAGCCCAAAAACAUUGGAUUACCAACUGAAGCGUACAUUGAAGUUCAAGAAGUGCACGAUGAUGGAACUCCGCCAAUUAAAACCUUCGAACAUGUACCAUCAGAUAUUGGAGCAGAGGAAGCAGAAGAAGUUGGAGUGGAACACUUGCUAAGAGAUAUCAAGGAUCAAACUGCUGGAACUCUUUCUCAGCGCAUCACUGAUCAAUUAAUGGGACUGAGAGGGCUUCAAUCACAGUUGGAAUCAAUUGAGAAAUAUCUUCAUGACAUUGUUCGUGGAACACUUCCGGUAAAUCAUCAUGUUAUCUACUAUGUGCAAGAAGUGCUCAAUCUUCUCCCUGAUGUAACUCAUCCUGACUACGUGGUCUCACAAAACGUUCAAACGAACGAUCAGUUGAUGUGUGUUUAUAUGGGAUCGUUGGUUCGUUCAGUUGUUGCGUUGCACAACUUAAUCGAUAACAAGUAUCAAUGUUUUUUGCUCCAGAUCGCUCUUCAAAAGGCUGAAAAGGAGCAAGAAAUAAGUGAAUCCGAUAAGAAGGCUGAAAAAGAGAAGAAGGGCAAAAAGGAAGAGAAGAAAGACGAGAAAAAAGACAAGGAUGUCAAACCAUCAAUUCCAAACACUCCGAAGAAGUAA